AAAAAAUAAUUAAAUGAAAAAUAAAAAUAAAAAUAGAAAGCAUAACCCCUCCAACCCCAAGGGGUUCCGAUCCGAAUCAAAAAUCGGAGAACUGUAGGCCGAGGAAAUUCUCGAAACCUUCCACGGCGAGAUGCGAUCGAACGUCACGUCCGAGGCAGGGCUACAGACUAGGUUGAAUCAAUGGUGGGAAGGCAUACCUUUCCUCACAUCUGCAAUUGUGAUUGUUUGUGGGAUCAUUUACUUGGUGUGUUUGUUUGUUGGGUAUGAUUCCUUCGUCGAAGUCUGCUUCUUGCCUUCGGCAGUCGUUUCACACUUUCAAGUGUACAGGAUCUACACUGCCGUGGUAUUUCACGGUUCUUUGUUGCACGUGCUCUUCAACAUGUUGGCAUUGGUUCCCAUGGGAUCUGAGCUCGAAAGGAUUAUGGGAUCGAUCCGUUUGUCAUACAUACUCACUAUUUUGGCCACUAGCAAUGGGAUCCUUCAUCUUCUUAUCGCGUUGUUGGUUUCUCAUAACCCUUUUAAUGCUGACCUGUCUUUGAUGGAUCAGUGCUCGAUAGGUUUCUCAGGGAUAUUGUUCUCGAUGAUUGUUAUAGAGACGAGUCUCAGUGGCGUCCAAUCCCGAAGUUUCUUUGGACUUUUUAAUGUACCGGCUAAAUGGUACGUAUGGAUAUUGCUAGUGGUUUUUCAGCUUGCCAUGACAAAUGUCUCGUUGCUUGGACAUCUGUGCGGUAUUUUGUCAGGAUAUGCAUAUACUUUCGGGCUGUUCAAUAAGUUGCUUCCUGGAACAUCAUUCUAUUCGUCCAUGGAGUCCUCCUCUUGGCUUUCUACUAUUGUAAGGAGACCUAAGUUUAUAAUGUGCACCGGAACCACCCCUACGGCCAACAUCCCGACAUACACAAGCCAAAGCACCACUUCAAGCGGGCUAUUUUCUGGAAAUAUGUGGAGGAAUCUAUCUUCAUUGAUGCCUCAAAGGGGAAGUUCCAGUCCGGCUCAGAUGCAGACAGCGCAAGAUAACGACGGCCGGUUUCCCGGGAGAGGCAGGACACUGGGUGGAACCAAUCAAACAGCUUCGAUUACAAAUUCCGAUUCUACACUACAAACCAGACUACUGGAUGACGACAGAAGCCUCGAUCCAGAAACACUUGGCGGAAGGCCACCCGUGUCGAAUAAUGCUGCAGUGCCAAGCAGAAAUCAAAACAAUCCGAGCGCCGUUGCAUCAGAAGAUGAUAUUCAGAAACUAGUCGCGAUGGGUUUUGAGAAGACACAGGUGGAAGUUGCAAUAGCAGCUGCCGACGGAGACCUGAAUGUCGCGGCGGAAAUACUCAUGACCCAACAGAGUUAGACGAAGAAGGAAUACCUGCCGGAAAAAGAACUCCCGACCGGUUCCCGUCCGCCGGCGGCGGCGGCGGCGCUAUGUUUUUGGGAGGGUAGUUGUUUGAAGGCAUUUCCAUCUUUGAAAACAAAUAUAUAUAUAUAUAUAUAUAUAUAACUAACAGUUAACUGACGUUGAUGAAUUGUAAUUAUGUAUGUCAAAAUUUGUGAUGUAAAGAAAUUGAAACUAUUUUAUUGUGAGAUUUUAUUAGACUUCUGAUAUAUAAACUAAUAUU